AUGAAUACAGCAAGUGGCUCAACCUUUUCAGAGUCGUCGUACUCCCAGUAUCCUCCUUAUCAAAGACAGAAACCAGAAGCUCAACAGGAGCAUCAUCUGUCACAGCAAGGACAACAGCAACAACAGCCUCUCCGCCAUCUUAACCACACUCAUCCAUUGCAAACACAAUCUUUUCAGCAGCAACUUCAACAUACGCAGCAAUUUUCUCAAUCCCCACCACAAGUGUCUGAUAAACACCAGCCAGAGGGUCCUGCCGCCGGCUCUUCUAGUCAAUCGAUGCUUCAACAACAACAGCUUUCUCAGGCAUAUUAUGGGCAGUCUAACUAUGGGUAUGAACCACCACAACCUCCUCAAGUUCACCACAUGCAACAAUAUGCCCAACCUUAUGGUCAACCUUUUCAACAGUUUAGGUCAAACAGCUCCCAUCCUAUAGAUGUUAGCAACCAGUUCCCCUCCUUGAAGGGUCAAAUUCAAGUAACACCAGGUAUGCCCGGACAAGUAUCUCCCCCAGGGUGCAAACCAAGAGUCACAACCGCUCUAUGGGAAGAUGAGGGGACCCUGUGUUUCCAAGUCGAAGCAAAAGGAAUAUGCAUUGCCCGCAGAGCAGAUAACAAUAUGAUCAACGGAACGAAGCUACUAAAUGUUGCAGGAAUGACAAGAGGUCGAAGGGAUGGAAUUCUAAAAUCUGAAAAAGUGCGUCACGUUGUCAAAAUUGGUACUAUGUAUCUUAAAGGUGUGUGGAUUCCAUAUGAACGAGCUCUUGAAUUUGCUGGAAGAGAAAAAAUUGUAGAACAGCUCUAUCCACUGUUUGUGGCUGACAUUGGAGCAUUCCUCUAUCACCCCAUGAAUUACACCCAAACUAUGCAAUUUGUAGCGGCUGCACAAAGGAAGAAACAAGUCGAACAGCUAAGAUACCAGCAAGCUCAGCACCAAGCUGUGGCGGCAGCUGCCUCAGCUCAACAGCAGCAUCAUCAGAACCAUCCGCAGCAGCAACAACAACAACACCUUCACCACCAGCAACAGCAACAUCAACAACAACAGCAACAACAACAACAUGAACAACAGCUACAAAGCUGGAACACCGUGUAUUAUCAACAACCUCCAACCACUUCCUCUCUCCCUCAACCAACCGCUAGGUCUCCAGUCUACGGGUACAGUUCUACUGCGGAAGUUGCACAGGGUUCCGGACCGACUAUUAGCGAACUUAAAAUAGAACCAGCAAAUUACGCAUCUUCUUCCUCGUCGUCCCAGGCUCACAUGCACCUCCUGUCUCAGAAUCCUCAGCAACCUCAGGCAAAGCAACAUCAAGUUCAAAAUCAGAGGCAGGGACAAGGGCAUCAAUAUCAACAUCAGCAGCAAACUCAGUCACAACAUCAAGUACAACAGCAGCAGCAACAACAACAACAGCAGCAGCAGCAGCCACAGACUCCUGUUCAGCUUCAACCUAGCUCAUCACAUCAUCAACAGCAAUAUAUUUAUUCCGAUACUUAUCAAACUCAGCCAUCUUCUUUACAGCAUGAUCGGCAGCAGCCUAGACAAGUUCAAUCAAUACCGACAUUACCCAUUAGAUCACAAGCAGUCUCGGGUCAUAGGUCGUCACAUUUCUCACAUGUAUCAGUUCAAAAUGAUCCUAGACAAUCUGAGUCGACUCCAGCAUCGGCCCUUAUCCCAGGGUGGCACGAAGUCCAAACCAUGCAACAAAAUCCCGACUCGCAAUCAUCCAAUUCUAGCAGCGAUCAACAUGUUCAAAGUACCCAUCUCCUGCUCAAAGAUGACAAUAACCAGGGAUCACCGCCGUCUUCCUUAUCAACAAAUGCUACGGGAUAG